CUCUCUCUCUCUCUCUCUCUCUCUGUGCUUUUGUUUUUCGGGAAAGGCAGAAAGAGAGAAAAAGUAGAUUUUUCAUCGGUCUCGCCGCUUCAAUCCACCAGCCCACCUGAUUUUCUCUGUUUCUCUCAUCUGGGUUCUGCUCUGUUCCUCGCUUUCCUCUCUAGAUUUUGCAUAAAUCACAGAUUUCAAGCUCUUAAUCUUCUAAUUUCAGUCAUAUUCCUGUUCAUUUCAUCGAGAUUUCUUCUGAGUUCCACUUAUUUAGCUCUGAUUCAGCUCAAUUUUGUUCUCACCGGUUUGGAUCUGGCAAAGGGUGUGCAGUGAUCUAGGGUUUAAGCAUUCGGACAAAGUUCUGAGAUCGAAUCUUUUUUUAUUUUCCCUAGGGUUCGGAAAGUGGCCCCCUUUUUCUCCCUCCUUAGAUUCGUUGUGUUUAUGCUUAUCUCCCUUAGAUUCCAUUUGAAAUGCCAUAUUGGUCUUAUGCUCCUUUGAAAGCUUAAAAAGAAUAACCCUUUCCUCCAUUAUCUCCCAGUCCGGAUCUUCACCUUUGUUCUCUCUCUCUCUUUCUCGAAUUCAAUUCCUGAAUUCAGAGUGAGAGAACCAGAAUACCCAAAUCGAAAUUCUCUUUUUCCAGAUUUUUACAGAUUUCAGAAAACAAAUCCAGACGAUGAGCAGAGAAAUCGAAGUGCUGUCACCAGCUUCGUACCUUCAGACAUCGAACUGGCUGUUCCAAGAAAGCAGGGGGACCAAUUGGACAGCAGAAGAGAACAAGAAGUUCGAGAACGCGCUCGCUUUGUUCGAUAAGGACACUCCCGACAGGUGGUACAGAGUUGCCGCCAUGCUUCCCGGAAAAACCGUCGGAGAUGUGAUCAAACAGUACAGAGAGCUCGAAGAAGAUGUCAGCGACAUCGAAGCCGGUCUGAUUCCGAUCCCUGGAUACGCCUCCGAUUCCUUUACGUUGGAUUGGGGAGGCGGUGGCUGCGACGGCUCUGUCGCCGGAAACAAUAGCUUCAACGUCAACGGUUACUACUACUUCGCCGGCGGGAAGAGGAGCUCCGGUGGUCGGACGCCGGAGCAGGAGCGGAAGAAAGGAGUUCCCUGGACUGAGGAAGAACAUAGGCAAUUCUUAAUGGGUCUGAAGAAAUAUGGGAAAGGAGAUUGGAGAAACAUUGCACGCAAUUUCGUCACGACGCGAACGCCAACGCAGGUCGCGAGUCACGCUCAGAAGUAUUUCAUCCGACAGCUCAAUGGCGGCAAAGACAAACGCCGUUCCAGCAUCCACGACAUCACCACCGACACAGUCAACGCCCCUGAUCCUCCCGCCGCAAACGCGGACGCUAAAGGGGACACGACUUUCUCCCCAUGGGCGGCCGCCCAGCAUCAGCGUCUGGCCGAGGAGAACGCUGACGCGUCUGCGGAUUUUGGACAGAACGCGUUUUCGAACAAUUUCUUAGGGAUGCCGUCAUCGAUGUACAUGACCAAAUCGCAGGAGCAUAGCGUUUUGAACGCGUCGCAGUUCUGCAGUUACAACGAGUUUCUGCUGAUUUAGAAUUGGAGAGGUCUCAUAAAAGAUGCAUUGGAACUUUUAAUUUUUGUUACAAUUUGUUUUGUUUUGUCUUGUCCAAUCGCUUGAUUUGACUUUUGCUGUGUGAAUAUUAAAUGCCUGAUUAUUUUUAACAUUCAAAAUUUGCCUUUA